AACAAAACAUUUUCACUUCUACAGUAUCGCUUGAGAGAUGAAAGGUGGAUAACUGUCUCUUUCACCCCGUUCAAUUACCACUUCUGUAACGCUGUACUGUUUACCAAAGGACGGAAAGUGUCUGACAGCAAGGGAUUAGAAUUAAGCCUCAUUUGACAGCGCGAAUUAAACCUCACAACAGACCCACCCGAACUUAUUGUCACAUCGCCAAGCUUAUGAAACAACUCGUGCGAAGGCUCCUACAACUGAACCUGUACCUUAUCUCCGAGACUUGGCGAAUCUCGUGGAUGUUUGCAUUUUAUGGAACCAAUUUCUCCAUCGUCGCCAUAGGAAUGUUCUACGUUAUUGAUUUCCGUCGUUUAUUUUGAUGUGACGCAUUACCACUCCUGCUUUCAUCACUUUCCUUCUACAGCGCAGCGACCAAAGAAUCUCCUGUUCUUAGACACGAAAAGAGAACUGUCUGGUUCUCUGUUGUGAAAGGAGUGUGGCUCUGAGGUACGGUAAUGCUUCAAGGAAGUUUGAUUGACGUGAACAGGCAUUUUCAUACCAAACUGAGAAAAUCGCUCUUCUUGCCAGUGCGCCCGCCAUAUUAAACGACGAUAAGAACGUAGUUAAGUCACCUAAACAAAACGUCCUUGUCUGACCAGUUUAUGGGCUUUGAGGGAUUACAGUGAAAAGCUUUUUAGUGGGCUUGGUUCACAGGUGACCUCCAUAACUUGUUUCGUUCAGGUUGCAUAACGACUUUAGAGACUUGAGAGUGAUUAGUGCGCCUGCCAAACAAGGCGGGAAUUUCAAAUAAACAUGGACGAAGUCGACUAUGAUCAGGAGCUUCCUCGUGAGCUCAUCAAGUGUGUCUUAGUUGGAGAUACUGGUGUUGGAAAGACACGCCUUAUUUGUGCACAAGCUCUUGGAGUUGGUAUCCCUGCACCCCAACAAGAAACAAAGCAACAUAUACAUUUUCCGACGGUUUUUGCAAUUGAUCAGUAUCAUGUGUCUCAAGAAAUAAGGGAGCGUGCGAACUUCCGAGUUGAUGGAGUCGAUGUGGCAUUGAGACUGUGGGAUACAUUUGGUGAUCAUGAGUUUAACCGCAAAUUUGCAUAUCAGAAUGCUCAUGUUGUAUUGCUCUGUUUUGCUUUAAAUUCCCCCAACAGUUUCAAGAAUGUCAAUGCUGUGUGGUACAGUGAAAUAAAAAAGUAUUGUCCCAGAACCCCUAUCAUUCUGGUUGGUAUGCAAUCUGAUUGGCGUAUGUAUGGCAAAGAGACCACAGUGAACUCCAACAGAAGUUUGUCAAAGCGGAUGCGAGAGUGUUCCCUUGUGACACCAGACAUGGGUCGCCAAGUGGCAAAAGAGAUUGGUGCAACUUACUAUGAGACAAGUGUUGUAACAAUGUGGGGCAUCCAUCAUGUGUUUGAAAAUGCAAUUCGUGUGGCACUUAUCAACAGGCGACAGAUGAGAUUCUGGUCAUCUCAACUGAAAGGGAUCCAGAAUCCACAGCUUCAACCCCCUUACUUGCCAGAAAAACCUGAUCCUCCCAAAGUCACUGUGCCACCCUCCAUCUUUAAGGAAAACAUCAAGGAAUUACUUGAUGGUGGCAUGUGUGCAGAUGUAGAAUUUCAAGUUCGUGGUCAGACCAUCAAGGCUCACAGAGCAAUUCUUUGUACUGCAGCACCAACAUUUGCUAAGCUUUUCUCUUUGAAUGAGGAAAAACUCUUCAAAGGGCUCAGCACUAGAGAAAAACUUGUGCUUCAGGAUGCUCUUGUGUUUGGAGAGCGAGGGAGUCUACCCAGGGGUUUUGUGGCACUUGAUUCUUACAAUGAUAUCUGGGACAAUGAGGAACAGAGCUCCAUGGUUCAAGUUACAGUUGAAAACUCUCUUACAUACAGAAAUUUCAUGUACAUUCUUGAAUUUCUGUACAGUGGAAAUAUUCCUCUUGAUGCAUGCACUGAGGAACUCAAAGAUGCUGCAAGAAAUCUUCAACUCUGUAACCUUGUAAGUUACAUUGCCAAUGUAAUGAACAAUAUGGAGUACAUGAACACUGAAAUUCACUCGAAAAUGGUGCGAGAGAUGUCUUCCAGUGCUAAAAAGCUGGUGAACUCUGAAAUGUUCUCUGAUAUUGUGUUCCGCAUUGAAGGCAGGAUUGUUAUGGCUCACAAGGCAUUUCUGGUUGCACAGUGUGAGAUGAUGGCAGCAAUGUUUAUGACUGGACACUUCAAAGAAAGUGGGGUACAAGUGGUGGAAUUUAAGGACACAAACUUUGAAGCAUUUUUAAGUGUCCUGGAAUAUCUCUACACUGGGCAGUGCCUAUCUCUAUCAGUGGACGAUAUCGUUAGUGUGUUGGCUCUGGCAAAUUUCUUUUGUCUGCCCAGACUUGUGGCUCUUUGUGAGCAACACAUUGUCAAAGAACUGCAGGUUGCCAUAGCAACAAAUGAAAUGGCUGUCGCUGAGGACAUUGUUGGUUAUCUUCUUGAGGCUCAAAUUCACAAUGCUUCACAACUAGAAGCCUGGUGUAUUUACUACAUUGCCACACACUACAAUGCAGUCUGCCGCCAUUGCCCUAAGCAUGUGAAGAACCUCGACUCAUCGACACUCAAGGGCAUAGAAAAGAAACGGUGGCCACCAGCCUGGUACAUUCUAGAGGCUGAUUGGUAUGAAAAAGCAACAAAGGAGCUUGAAACUGAGAAGGCAGCAGAGAAGCUACGGAAAUCGCACAAGCACAUUAGGCAUAAGAGAAAGUGUAGCUGCUUGUGAGAUCACCCUUAAAACAAGGUGGCAGUGUUUCACUGUAGUGGCAAAUAAACAGACUUUAAGUAGUGUAUUUUGCAUCUUGAUAUGACAGAUAUAUAUAUCUUAAAGCCUUAAUAUAAUAAGUAUUCAUAUAGAGCAUUAUUAUUAUCAUUGUUAUUAUUAUUAUAGUCUGACAUAUAACUUUUGGAUACAACAUGUAUGUAUUUUUUUAAUUACAGUAUAAUUACAAUGGAAUUAUAUUCAGUCUGCCUUACUUACGUGUCUAUCAGAAUAUCACCCAUAUCAGUAGUGUCACUAGUGAUACGAUUUUGUGACAGAAAUGCUAAUAUAAUUGUAGUUUAAUUUCAGGGGCUAAAGUAGAAGAAAAAGUGAAAAAAAUUUGUGGAUGUCUCUGUAUAUGAAGUUUAAGCUGUACACAUGAAAAACAACAGAGGGUAAUGAAAAUUAUUGUUUAUUGUUCAACAAAAAUCACAUAAUUGCAGUCACACUGAAAAUUUACUGAAAAUUUACUUGAUUGUAAAUUAAAGCAGUUGCAGGCUGGUCAAGUGGAUACCAAUCAAUACAGUACAGUAGUAAUAUUAACUAUCAGUGCACCAGGUGCUCCUAUAGAGAAAUUGAUUAUAUUAUCAACAGAGAAAAAUUAGUACGUUGUGACCAGUGUUGUGAGUUAUAACUGAAUGACUAAUAUAACAUGGACUAUACCAAAGCAUUAGAAUAGCCUCCAGAGGUGUAGAUAUGUAUCACAGUUUACCAGUACAUGUAUAGGAAUUUUUUUUCUUAGUUUGUACCUGUGUUUAGAAAGUUAUAUUUACUGGAAGUACUUUUGGAAAGUUACUAUCCAGUCCAGAUAUAACAUUCUUUAAAUUACCCAAAAUGUUUGUGUAGGCAUGCACUAUCAGUGCAGAACUAAAACCCAAGUGUGUUUUUUUUGGUGUACUUUGUACUUAUCAGGCGUAUACUAUCAAUUACUUGAUGAUAUCUUCUUGUAUCAUCAAGCAAUGUAGCCCUUACUUGCUUGAGCUAAACUACAUUGAAUACUUAAAUACCAAAAUGCAUUCCUGCAAGCACUGUUAUCUUUGAAAACAAGUAUGUGCAGAAAAUAUCCCAAGAAAUAAUUCCACCUUUUUUUCUUGUGAAAAGGCCUUUUUAUGUUUUAGUUUCAAGGAACUACUCUCAAGUAAGGUAGUAUAUUUACAAAUUCAGGUUGCCUUUAGCUGUUUUUUUGGAGCUGCAUAGCAUAGUUCCUUAUGUAUGUGAAUGUUGUUUUGUAAGUCUUACAAGUAUAUUCCAACUGUGCUAAACAGUGCUAAGAAUCAAAGCAAAUAAGCAUCGUAAAGAAAGUAGAUGAAAUUUAAUGUUUGUUUCUCUUUUGGAUGUACCAGAUUUGUAGAAGUCACUUAGAUAGAAGUAGCACUUUGGGUUUGUGGCUAAUUUCAAUCUUGAUAAGUUAGGAAUUGAGAUGUUAUGGCAAGUCUGAGAAAACUGUAGAAAGAUAUUGAUAUAUUUCUUGACUGUGGCACCAUUUGGUAGCAUAGCAAAGUUUAAGUGCCAAUGUCACAUUAGACUGGACAGCCAUUUAGUAUUUUGUUUAUAGAUGUUUUAUAUAGGACAAAGAGAGGUAAUUUUUUCUUGGUGAGCAUACAAAAUUUAAAUUUAGUAGGGUGUUACAAAAGAGAUGAUUUAUAAAUAUACCAAAAUAAAUUUAAUAAAUAUGGU